AUGAAAUCUUAUAUCCUCGCUGGCGUUCUCACCACUGGCGUUGCCGCUCAGAGCGGACCCUGGCAGCAGUGCGGCGGUAUUGGCUGGCAAGGCUCGACUACCUGCGUCUCUGGCUACCACUGCCAGUACUACAACGAGUGGUACAGCCAGUGCAUUCCCAGCCAGGGCUCGACCACCCUCCGGACCUCCACGACUCAGGUUGCCCCGACUUCGACCAUCUCGUCUGCCCCGGCGACUACCACCACCAGCUCCCCUGGCGGCGGCAGCAAGAAGUUUAAAUGGUUUGGUGUUAACCAGUCCUGCGCUGAGUUCGGCAAGGGCAUCUUCCCCGGCCGCUGGGGCACCGAGUUCAUCUUCCCCUCUACCUCUUCCAUCUCGACCCUCAUCCGCGAUGGCAUGAACACCUUCCGUGUGGCCUUCUCCAUGGAGCGCCUGGUCCCCAACACCCUCACUUCAGCAUUCGACCAGGGUUACUUGAAGAACCUGACCGAAACUGUCAACUACAUCACCAACAACGGUGCUUGGGCCGUCCUCGACCCUCACAACUUCGGUCGCUAUUACGAUAACAUCAUCACCGAUGUAACCGCGUUCAAAACCUUCUGGUACAAUGUCGCCAAGGUCUACGCCAACAACCCGCGCGUCAUCUUUGAUACCAACAACGAGUAUCAUGAUAUGGACCAGAACCUCGUUUUCCAGCUCAAUCAGGCUGCCAUUGACGGCAUUCGCUCUGCUGGUGCUACUCAGCAGUACAUCUUCGUUGAAGGAAACUCCUGGACCGGUGCCUGGACCUGGAAUGUUACCAACACCAACCUCGCCGCGCUGGCCGACCCCGAGAACAAGAUCAUCUAUGAGAUGCACCAGUACCUCGACAGCGACGGCUCUGGAACCAGCGAGGCUUGCGUUAGCACUGAAGCUGGUGUCCAGCGUGUGAUUGGUGCCACUCGCUGGCUGCGCGAAAACGGCAAGCUCGGCAUUCUGGGCGAGUUCGCAGGCGGUGCCAACCCAACCUGCCGCACCGCCAUCACCGGCCUGCUCGACCACCUCCGGGAGAACAGCGACGUCUGGACUGGCGCUCUCUGGUGGGCUGCUGGUCCUUGUGAGCCUCCCUCAGGCACCGCAUACACUUAUUACAUCGACUUGCUGCGGCAGUACGCUUGA